UGCCGCUCGUCCAAUUCCUCGCACUUACUAAAAGUGGUGGAAACCGAAUUUCUAAAAUUUGUAUUUCACUCGAGAAGCUCCCCACAUUCAAGUUAUAACUUCGCUCGAAGAGAAAAUGUCCGAAUCGAAGCCAGACACCGUUCCCGGCUUGGGAUUUAAGGAUAAAGAGAAGGCUUUAGAAACGAUAAAAAAUUUGGAAGGACGUGACCCGGAUUAUCAGAAACUGGCCAUCAAAGGAUUGAUAGGAAGGGCCAAACGGACCCUCACGCUGACUAAGGACAAAGAGAAGCUGCAGAACAUCAACGACGCGAUGGCAGUUUUUGAUGAAUGGCUAAACAACUUUGAAAAGAACGGCUUAACAAAGGAAAACCGCGCAUAUCUCCCGCUAAAUGCCAUUACGGCUCUUUUGCCACUUAAAGCCCAGUGUAAAAUAGAGGACUCCAAAUGCGACGCCUUUUACAAGGCGUACAAAGGGGCUAAUGGAGAGUACAAAAACUUGCGGACUGUUUCAAGUGGAGAGGACGAACCCACUUGGGACAUUGUCAGGAACACGGAAUUAAAGAAGUUACUCAAGGAAAUUGAUGAGAAAAAACCGGAUAUGUGGAAGGACGAUUUGCCAACUGCGGAACACUUGAAAUUGAUUUUGUGGGCGUACAGCCCUGAUGCAAGUAAAAUCAAGAAAAGUGUGGCCACAUUUGAAGAGAAAUUAGGGUCAGGGGACUCAAAGGAAGACUCCGACGAAGAUAAGUCCAACAAACGGAAGUCGGGUGAAGGGGCUUCUUCGGAAGAAAGCCCCACCAAAAAGAAGAAAAGUGAUUAAACUUGUUAAAUCGCACACUAAUUAGCAUUGAUAAGGUCUAUGUAUUAUUUUCUUACCUCAAAUAAACACUAAAACACGGAA